GUUUAAAAUAAAGCGAGAGACGAUAGAGAAUAUUAGUUUCGAUGUUUUGUUUCUGUGGAAUGACACGAUGAAGGAUAAACACUUGCUGAUUUGGAUAUAUAAUUUAUGUUUAUUGGCAUACGCUAAUGCUUGCGGGUAUCCUGGCUCUCCUGCACACGCGAGUGUUGCUUUUUCAAGUGAGGUCAUCACCCCAGGAACGGUGGCUUCUUACACCUGCGACGGAGGGUUCGAACUCUUAGGACCCAGCAGGAGAAUAUGUAACGAAAAUGGAACGUGGGUUCCCCUCGGAAUCCCUUUUUGUGUUUUAAAUGUGGCUGCCGGUAAAGCACCUAUGCAAUCGUCUAUUAUGGGUAAAGGUGUGCCACAAAAAGCUGUUGACGGUAGUACAAGCACGUUUUUUAAUGCCGAAACGUGUACUAUGACCGAAACGGAACGUACACCGUGGUGGUACGUUAAUUUACUAGAACCUUACAUGGUGCAGCUGGUGAGGGUAGAUUUCGGGACGUCUUGCUGUUCUAACAAUAGGCCAGCCACUAUAGUUAUAAGAGUAGGCAAUAACAGGCCGGACUUAGGGGUGAAUCCGAUCUGCAACCGAUAUACCGGUUAUAUAGAAGAGGGUAGGCCUCUGUUUCUACCAUGCAACACCGCAAUGCCUGGGGCUUUUGUAAGCAUUCAUCUUGAAGGGCCUCCAGGAAAUCCUCUUUCGAUAUGCGAAACUUUCGUUUACACCGAUCAAGCUCUUCCUAUCGAGAGAUGUCCAUCCUUCCGUGAUCAACCCUUGGGAAGUACGGCCACCUAUAAUGGAAAAUGUUAUAUAUUUUAUAAUAAUCAACCAAGAAAUUUCGAGCAUUCUAGAAGAUUCUGUGAGAUUCGUGGGGGUAGUUUGAUUGACGAAACUAGUCCUGCCUUACAAGGGUUUUUAAGUUGGGAAUUGUAUCGUAGACACCGUAACGAUCCUAGUGGUCAAUACUGGAUGGGUGCAGUUAGAGAUUUGAGAGAUAGAAACAAUUGGAAAUGGAUUAACGGUCAAGAUGUAACAAUUUCUUUUUGGAACCUUCCCGGAACUAACGAGAAUUGUUCUCGUUUUGAUGGAGCCAAAGGUUGGCUCUGGUCUGACACUAAUUGUAACUUAAACCUGAAUUUUAUUUGUCAACACAGACCGGCGACUUGUGGAAAACCAGAAAGGCCAGCCAAUUCUACAAUUUUAGCAAGAAGUUUGGAGAUAGAAUCAGUUAUAGAGUAUCGUUGCGCUCCAGGACAUUUGCUAGUCGGUCCAAAUAUCCGAACAUGUCUUCCAACUGGAUUCUUCAGCGAGUUGCCACCAAAGUGUAGAUAUCUGGAAUGCGGAUUACCCGCUAAAAUUCCCAAUGGGCAAUACACGUUAGUAAAUGGAACCAGGCAUUAUUUAAGCAGUGUUCAAUAUGCGUGCCAAGACGGUUACGUGUUGGUGGGUCGUGGAAAUCUGAUAUGUGACGUUGAUGAAAAGUGGAAUGGUCCACCACCUAGAUGCGAACCUGUUUAUUGCCGUGUACCACCUUCUACACAGAACGGUCGCUUUGUCCUGUCUACAAACAGCAGCGUGUAUGGUACAAUUGCCGAAUAUUACUGUGAACCGGGUUAUAGACUGGUGGGAAAACCUCGUCUUACCUGUGUUGCCAGCGGAUAUUGGGAUGCGGAUGCCCCACUGUGCGAAGCCGAUUUGAGUACCACAACAAGCUCAACGAAGCAACCCUCUCCUGUGUAUCCCAUCAGAAAUACUCACGCGCAACCUAGUCCCACUCACAGAUUGACCCAACGUCCAGUUCAUAGUACAGAACCAAUUAUAAUUAUUGCAGAAACUACCUCUUCCAGAAGACCGACCACACGUUAUACCACAACAAGAAGGACCACCCAUCGUACCACAACGACUACCACAACGUCUACACCCUAUACACAUAUAUGGACUAGGCACCGUUACACUACACCUACGCUACCUCCUCUGCGUGAUAUCGUCACCCUGAAACCUCUCAGUAACGACAUCCCUGACAACCUUAAUAUAAGAGGUGAUACGGGCCCAAAAGCCGAAUUACCAAGUAACACCAUUGGGCAGAAAUAUGAAGAUAAAUCCGACCCCGCUAGCGCCAGGCUAAAUAUGGGUGGAAUUAUCGCUUUAGCCGUUUUUGGAGGAUUCAUUCUGAUAGGAAUCACAGUUACUUUAAUAUUAGUCUUUGUACGCCGGAGCAGAAACAGCAUCAGCAGAGGAUCCUUGGAUAACACCACCAUUUCGACUUACGACAGUGGAGGAAGCGGAGGACACAGUUUGCACAAGUACUACAAGCGUGCCUGGGAGAAUCUGAGAUACGACGGGAAGACUUCGUCAUAUCCGGUUCACGUGGAGCAUCACGAAAACUCGCACGCGCCUGUCAGCCGCCAGGAUACUCUAGAUAAUCCAAACAUUCGCGGAAACGGCAGGGGUACCAUCGAAGGUUACAGAGAAGCUAACGAAAUUAUGGUCAGUGAUGUUGCAGCUUUGUACGCCCGACCCGAUAAAAAUAAACCUCAUCGACCUUCUGCUGAUCCUAGCCCCUCACGUGACAAGAAAAUGAUUCGUGACUGGUACAGCCAUCAAUUGGGUAGUCAAUCCAGACGUGGUGCCUACUGAUUUGAUUUGUGGUCAUUUCUAAAUAGCCGUAUCGUCGUAAAUCCCUCUGUUAGAUUCUGAAACGUGAGUUCAGAGUCUAACUGACGGUUACGCUUGUUUGUGUAUGCGUGAUUGAUGAAUUAUUUAUGACUGUAGAGUGAAAAAAAUGCUCAAAUUAACUGUUUCUUAAUGAUGGUUUCUGGGUAAGACCGGGAAGUCUUGAUAUCUACCUCAAUGGAGGUGUGUAAAUAUAUAUUAAACUUUAAUAAACACUCGUUAUAAUAUUCUAA